AAAGAAGUAGAGAAGAACAGACACAGAAAAGCAAGCAUGGGAAAGAAGGCCAUGAAUUUCCUAAACGAAGCCAACAUCCUAUUGCUAAUUUAAGCGUAACCCAGCAUCGCUUUUCCCACCCAAACCCGCUUCCAUGCGCCGUUGCUUUUGCCCCUCCCCCCUCUUCUCUCAACAUACCACAUGCCUCUGCUUCCCCUCUCCACCUAUAAACAACCCUCCAAACCCACCCACAAACUCCAUCACCUCGCCUUCCUUCCCCAACCAACCGAAAAGCCCUCUCUUUUGCUCUCUGUUCCCACUCUCCCCAAUCUCGCCCCUUUCCUUGUGGAGUAAGAGAUGGCUCUUGGAAGGUCGAACAAGAUCCCUCCGGCGGCGGCGCUGAGGCAGAUACUGAAGAGAUGUUCGAGUUUGGGGAGGAAGGAGAACAAUGGCGCCGAGCUUCCAGUUGAUGUGCCAAAAGGGCAUUUUGCUGUGUAUGUUGGGGAGAAGCGACGCCGCUUCAUCGUUCCCAUUUCGCUUUUGGAAAACCGUGAGUUUCGAAGUCUGUUGCAGCUUGCAGAGGAAGAGUUUGGUUUCGAACAUGGAAUGGGACUCACUAUUCCGUGCGAGGAGGUUGUCUUUUGCGCUCUGACUUCUGAGCUCAGAUGAAUGGUGGUUUUCUUAGUUGGGGAAGAGAGGAGAGAGAGAGGGAGAGAAGUCGGAGUAACGCUCUGUUUUGUUUUUGAUGUUCUUUCUCCUCCAUCUCCUCUGCUUUCCUCUCUAUAUCUGUUUCUGUUGGUGUUAAUUUGUUAGAGAUUCUGAUUUCUUAGUUGGAUGAGAUUUUACUUUGGGUUAAUUUGUAAAUGGCGAGCGGCGUGCGUUGGCGCGGCCCUGUAACUUGUAAGAGUUGAAUCAUGACAAGGAAGACGAAGAUUGAUUACUCUGAUUCA